AUGGCAGAUAUUGUCAAAGCAGGCUGGUUAUUCCGCCGUACAACGGUAUUGAAAAAUUGGAAACGUGAAUGGUUCAUAUUGACAAAUGAUGCACGUCUUCGACGUAUAUCAGAUCCUGUUAAACAAUUCGAUAAAGCUGAUGAUGUAUUUCAAUUGAGUCGUUGUCGAGAGUUAAAUUUCGGCGCAGAACGCGUGCCACAUAACAUUGAUCCACCGCGGGAUGCAACUCGUGCCCAAUUGAUGCAGCUAGUACCAAGCGAAGGGGAUCCAUGGGCUUUAUGUGCUGAAUCAACCGAUGACCUACUUGCAUGGCAAACAUCAUUUAAUGAUGUUCGACAAUUAUAUAUUGAACGUUUGCAACAACAACAAACUCAAUAUAACAGUACACGACUUUCUUCUAGACGAUACGAUUGCAUCUAUUAUUCGAGUGUUUAUCCAGACGACUUUUCACAACACAUAUAUUAUACGCCGAAUGGAUCAACACAGACAAUCAUACUGGUGGAUCGAGAUCCACGUUGUGAUGCAGGUUCUGACAUAGCGACAGGUGCAUUUAUUAGUGUGGCUAUUGGAACUUGCAUGUUGUUGCCCUUUCUUAUGCUUCCAUUAUUGCUCUGUUAG